CCCCCUCCUCCUCCUGUCUGUCUGAUUUCUCCACCGUAGCGAUGCGGAGGAAACACCGCGGAGUUUAACGUCCAGAAGACAUUGAAGCUCCGUCGUUCACGAGACUCUAUUUAUUUAUACUUUAAGAGGAGCUCCUGGACCCAGUUUUCUUCCUGGAUCCUUGACCCGGUUCUCCUCCUGGAUCUGGACCCGGAUAUUAAGACUGGACUCAAAAACACGACUCAGUCUCGGCCUCCGUGCAGGAUUUAAUCGGGACGUUUGUGGAUCUUGUGGGGCAUCUUUGAACGGGUUCUGGUAGUGGAGCAACCUGGGUUUGAGUAGCGGACCGGUCUGGGUUCUGGUAGCGGACCGUUCUGGGUCCUUGAUGCCCGGAGGCCUGGAGGAGGGCUCGGACUCCGGGGAAGUGAGAGGAGGAGUUUGUCUCUGUCUGAUUGGACGCCGGCGAGCCACCAGCCCCCCCCACCAUGAACCCUCUAAACCAGAUGAAGGCGGGACUGGGCAACAACCCACACAGUGAGGGUUCGUACCCCUACGACCCCUCCAGCUGGCAGCAGCCCACCAAUCAGCCCACAGGAUCCCUCUCCGUGGUAACCACCGUGUGGGGGGUGACCAAUCCCUCGGCCAGCCAGGGAAUGGGUGGAGGGGUGAUGGGGCCCGGGGCCAACCCGGGCGGGGGCCCCAUGAUGCAGGGCCCUGGGGGUCCGGGCAUGGCCGGCGGGCACGGAGGCUACAUGGGUCAGCAGGGCUACGGCGAGCCCAGCAAAGGCUACAUGAACCAGGGCAUGUACGGCCGCACGAGCGGGGGCUACGGAGGAGGACCGGGGGGGUACCCGAGCAGUUACCCGUCGAACGCUGGCGGCUCCAGAGGUUCGGCCGACUUCUCUCAGGCCGCCGCCGCCGCCGCCGUCGCUGCUGCAGCCGCCACGGCCACGGCCACCGCCACGGCAACCGUCGCCGCCAUCCAGGAGAAACAGAACCAGGACAUGAACUAUGGACAGAUGGGAGGUCCAGCCUAUAACAACCAGUUCAUGGCCCACUCUGGCUCCCGUGGCCCCCCUGGCAUGGCCCCCGGAGGUAUGGGCCCUGGGCCUGGACCUACCAGGGGCCCUCCCUCAAUGGGCCCAAUGUAUGGACCUGGGGGGGGGCCCCAGAGGGUCCCUCAGCACCCACAGCACCCUCAGCACCAACAGCAUCAACAGCACCCUCAGCACCCUCAGCACCCACAGCACCCUCAGCACCCUAACUAUGGCCCCGGACCUCAGCAGGGCCACCUGAGGCCCCCGCAGGGCCUGAAACGGCCCUACAGCUCUGAGUCUUUCCCAGGAAUGCCGCAGCAGUACAGCGUUCAGGUCGGGCCCAGCGUGAGCGUGAUGUCGGGUCCCGGCGGUGCCGGCGGUUCAAUUCCAGGGUCAGGUGGGGGCGGUCACGGCCCGUACUCCAGCCCCAACAUGCAGUACCAUCCAGGUCCCAGCGGCCCCGGCCCCGCCCCCCAACGCUCUGGCUCCUCCCCCUCCUAUCAGACCCAUAAGAUGUCCCUCCCACAAUACCCCCCCUCAGGACCCCCCAACUCGCAGUACUACAAGCAGGAGCAGUUUAACGGUCAGGGGGGAGGUCAGAACGCCAUGACAACAGGAGGCGCCGCUGGAGUCUACACCUCCUUCAACCAGCCGUCAGGGCCGGGUCGAGGGUUGCCAGGUUACCCCUCCUCUCCCGUUCCUGGUAACCCGACCCCCCCCAUCACCCCCAGCAGCUCCAUGGCCCCGCCCUACAUGUCGCCAGGCAACAGUGACGUGAAGCCGCCGCCCUCUUCCUUCCUGCCUGACAUCAAACCCAACAUGGCCGGCCUGCCGCCCCCCCCUUCAGGUAACCCGAGUGACGACCUGCGGCUGACCUUCCCGGUGCGUGACGGCGUGGUCCUAGAGCCCUUCAGAUUAGAGCACAACCUGGCGGUCAGCAACCACGUCUUCCAGCUGAGAGACUCCGUCUACAAAACACUCAUCAUGAGACCGGACCUGGAGCUCCAGUUUAAGUGUUACCACCACGAGGAUCGGCAGAUGAACACCAACUGGCCGGCCUCGGUCCAGGUGAGCGUGAACGCGACCCCUCUCACCAUCGAACGAGGCGACAACAAGACUUCCCACAAGCCCUUGUACCUGAAGCAGGUGUGCCAGCCGGGCAGGAACACCAUCCAGAUCACCGUCACCGCCUGCUGCUGCUCUCACCUGUUCGUCCUCCAGCUGGUCCACCGCCCGUCGGUCCGCUCGGUGCUUCAGGGUCUGAUGAAGAAGAGGCUGCUGCCGGCCGAGCACUGCGUCACCAAGAUCAAGAGGAACUUCAGCAGCGGUUCGAUCCCCGGGACGCCCGGACUGAACGGAGAGGACGGCGUGGAGCAGACCGCCAUCCGGGUCUCAUUGAAGUGCCCCAUCACGUUCCGCCGCAUCCAGCUGCCGGCCAGAGGUCACGACUGCAGACACAUACAGUGUUUUGAUCUGGAGUCGUACCUGCAGCUGAACUGUGAGAGAGGAACCUGGAGAUGUCCUGUGUGCAAUAAAACAGCCCUGUUAGAAGGUCUGGAGGUGGAUCAAUACAUGCUCGGGAUCCUCAUCUACGUUCAGAACUCCGAGUACGAGGAGAUCACCAUAGACCCGGUCUGCAGCUGGAAGCCGGUCCCGGUGAAGCCGGACCUGCACGUGAAGGAGGACCCGGACGGCCCGGUGCUGAAGCGCUGCAGGACGCUCAGCCCGAGUCACAUGGUGCUGCCCAGCGUCAUGGAGAUGAUCGCCUCGCUAGGCCCCGCCCCCUCGUCCCCCAUGCCCUACCCCCCACUCCCUGCAGGGGGCAGCGGGGGGGGUAGCACAGUGGACUACCCGGGACCAGCUCCUUCCUAUCCCAGUCAACAUACUGGUUUCUCAGACUUCACUGGUCCUGGGACUCCCGGGAUUGGAGGGGACUUCUCCUCCCCCGGCCCCCCCCCCCUCUCCUACCAGUCCGAGCUCUCCAGUGCCCUCCUCACCCCCGACACCCCCCCCCACCCGCUGGCUGGACAGAUGUCGGGCCGUUUGGACUCCACUUCCCAUGGUGCACCUCUCUCCCAGCAGCAUUCGCAGGGUCUCCACGGCAACAUGAUGAUGCAGCGUAGCAACCAGAACCCCCGUCUCCAAGGCGACGGCUCUUUCGGUCUCGGGGCAACGGAGGUUCCUGAACCGUCUCUGGACUUGCUUCCGGAGUUGACCAACCCAGACGAGUUGCUGUCGUACCUCGGACCUCCGGACCUCCCGAACAACAACAACGACGACCUGCUGUCGUUGUUUGAGAACAACUGAACACACACACACACACACACACACACACACACACACACACACACACACACACACACACACACACACACACACACACACACACACACACACACACACACACACACACACACACACACACCGUUACUGUAAGAUAUGAACUGGUCUCCUCGCAGUCUCACAGGACGGAGCGGACCUUUAGAGCGGAGGACUCUUGUUUUAUUGUUGUUUUUUAACCCUCUGGUAUGGGGAUGCGCCGUGCCC